ACUGGUUGGAAGCGGAAGACACUUGAACGUUUAUUUUGAAACUGUACUAGCGGAAAAGGUGUAACACCGCUUGUAUAUGUUCGCAGUGCUGCGAGAAAAAUCAUCACAAAGAUCUCCAGGCCUCCAUCCAUUGUUUGUGUGUUUGAGUGUGCGUCUCUCCAGCGCUCUAUUUCUUGAGUGCUUGCGUGCGGCACCAUCCUGCAGUGUUCAAUGUCUUCAGAGCUGCUUGUGGAUUUGAGCGAGGACCCGACGACGGCACAGCUGGGACACCUGAAGCUGGCCACUUUAGAGGACCAGCAGUGGCCGGCAGAUGAGUCCACUCUCAGCAAGUCGGAAACUGACCUCUCUCAGCGUUUCGAUGCCAGUUCUCCCCACCUGCCCUGGGACCAUCCAUUCUAUGACAUCGCCCGGCAUCAAAUUAUUGAAGUUGCCGGCGACGACAACUUUGGCAGAAAAGUGAUAGUCUUUAACGCAUGCAGAAUGCCUCCCCAGCACCAGCUGGACCAUCACAAACUGCUGAUGUACCUGAAAGGAACCUUGGACCAGUAUGUGGAAAGUGACUACACCCUAAUCUACUUCCAUCACGGGCUGACCAGCGAAAACAAGCCGUCACUCAGCUGGCUUCGGGAUGCUUACAGGGAGUUUGACAGGAAGUAUAAGAAGAAUAUCAAAGCCUUGUACAUUGUUCAUCCAACCAUGUUUAUUAAGACUUUGCUGAUUCUCUUCAAACCCAUCAUCAGUUUUAAGUUUGGGAGGAAAAUUAACUACGUGAGUUAUUUGAGUGAACUGGAGGACGUAGUCAAGUGUGAGCAGCUCAUCAUUCCAGCCCGUGUCAAAGAGUACGACAACAAGUUGCGGGCCUCCCUGAAGCCAACCUCGCUGCCUCCAAUGUCACCUCCCCGCAGUCCCCCUCUCCCCAACCAGGUCUUUGGGGUCUCACUUGACGUGUUACGAAAGAGGAGUCCAGAUGGAGAUGCUGUUCCUGUGGUGAUGCGGGACACAAUAAGUUUCCUGUCAGAGCAUGGUCUGGAGAUUGAGGGAAUCUUCCGACGUUCUGCCAAUGUGACUUUGGUGAAGGAGGUUCAGCUCAGAUAUAACUCAGGCGAAGUGGUGAACUUCCCAGAGAUGGAAGAUGUCCACUUGGCGGCAGUCAUAUUGAAGACGUUCCUGAGAGAACUCCCAGAGCCACUGCUCACUUACCAGCUCUACAAUGACAUUGUCAAUUUUGCUUCUGUGCCCAGUGACAGUCAGGUGACGGUCAUUAAGACGCUGCUGGAGUCAUUGCCAGAGGAGAACUACGCCACCCUUAGAUACUUAAUCACUUUUCUGGCACAGGUAACAGCAAACAGUGACGUGAAUAAGAUGACCAACAGCAAUUUGGCUGUGGUGUUUGGGCCUAACCUGCUCUGGGGGCGGGACAACGCCAUGUCACUCAGCGCCAUCGGUCCAAUCAACAACUUCACCCGAUGCCUAUUGGACCAGCAGCACUUGAUCUUUGUCUAAAUGUGUUCCCCUGUUGUUGACUACAGGCUUCUCAACAUUGAUAGCGAGUGUGCCGUUACAUAGCACUAAGACCAACACAGCCUUGUUUUAACAUGCAUACGGAAAAAAAUGAAACAUCUCUUGGAGGAAUUGAAAUUGGUCAUUUGUCACCCAGCAUUCUUAUCAAGCCGUUAGCAGUGUAGUUAGUGCUCAAUUCGUCUGGAGAAAACAACCUUGCAAAUAAAAAAAAUUAACAUUGAGGAAGACAUUCCAGCCAAAAUUGCAUGUGUACAAUUUUAGUCAGGUGGAAUCAGAUUGUGUUUACGUUUCAAUGUGUUUCUCUAGUUGGUCUUUGCUGUUUCUGUCAUGCAAAAAAGAAAUCCCAAUGUAGAAAAACAAGUGGUUUUCAUGAAAAGCCUCAGGUUCAUUUUAAAUAAUGGUACCAAAUGUUAUGGACAAUCUUGCUGUAUUAAAAAAGACAAAAAGAAGAAUAGAUAUACUGUUAUACUAACCUCCAACCGUCUGUGCUUUUUGGAUUUGUCGCCCCUUCUCAUGCAUGUGUCUUAAUUGGGUUCUGUGGUUGAUGUGUGGGUUCUGUUUGUAACUUUUGUUUGAACGUGUGCCAUUGAAGUAAUAUUUGGAUUAUCUUCAUUAUAAGUACCUGGUUCCUCUGGUCUUCCAGGGAUCAAAAUCGAAUUAAUAAAGAUAAUAGAAGUUGUUGAGUGAAAUUUGAAGAAGAAAAAGUCUGCCUCAGGCUAUCCGUCUUUAAGGGGGGGAAUCUCCUGUCAAAAAAGCUUUUAGUGUCCUAUAGUAUAGUAAAUAGCUCCAUUAAUUUGAAACACUACAAUGAACUUUAACAUUUCUAAAAUGUUGUUAAAUGUUGAAAUGAACCGUAUAAACCUCUUGAGACCCAAUAGAAUUUGUGAUUCAUGUUACCAAUGAUGUAAUGUUAAGUGUAAUUGUGGCAAUGCUAUAUAUAAAUAUAUAUAUAUUGUAUAAUUUGUAAGAGAUGGUGUGGGUAGAACACUAAAUCCAAAUGUUUAUUUUUGUGUGUGUAUUAAUGCAUUUAAAAACAAAAUAUGCCUGGGGCCGACAUUACAUUAACAUUGAUUCAACUAACAGGGUUCCUUGGAGUGGAGAACCGCAAACAAGUGCCAUUGAAGUUUCACACUUGCUGACCAAUCACGUUGGUGUCUGAUCUAGUGAUCUUUGUACUGUAAUUAGUUGUCCUGGUGACAGUUGUAUUUUUUCUCUCUGGGAGAAAUUAAGUUUCCAGGCUGAUUUAUUCAAGAUUAUUUUCUCUAUUUUAUUUUUCAUCCUUUUGAUAUUUAGUCCUUGUGAUGAUCAUGAUGAAAUAAAGUAAUAUUGUGACAGGCAUAAUAAAAGAAACCUGAUUAAUUA